AUGUUCGAGAACUUGUGCGCGCUCCCAGUGGAGCACGAUAUUUUUGUGCAAGCGAUACAUCCAGAAGAGCCCGUUAUAUCUGUAGGCUUGGCUAGCGGCCAUGUCCAGACUUUCAGGCUGCCUUCUGACGCGACCGACGACGACGACGACGAUGAUACGGCGCCAGCCUCGGAGAAAGGCUUUGGUACCAUAGACAAUGUCUGGCGCACACGGCGACACAAGGGAAGCUGUCGAACACUCGGAUACAGCGUUGAUGGUACGUCGCUGUACUCGGCAGGAACAGAUGGCAUCGUCAAGGUCGCAGACUCCAUGACCGGCCAGGUCACUGCGAAGAUUGCUGUACCGCUCGAUCCCGCCAAUGGUGGCAUCGAUGCGCCUACGCUCGUCUACGCCCUUUCUCCGCAAUCGCUCAUCCUCACAACCGACUCCGGCGCACUGCACAUCUACGACAUUAGGAACCUCAAGGGUGGCGAAAAGGUCUCCCUGAAGCCCGAAAACUCACACCGUCCGCACGAUGACUACGUCUCCUCCCUCACACCUCUACCACCCACGCAAGCGAGUACCAGUGGCUUCAGCAAGCAAUGGGUCACAACAGGUGGCAGCACACUGGCAGUCACCGAUCUGCGGAGAGGAGUCAUGGUUCGCAGUGAGGACCAAGAGGAGGAGCUGCUUUGUUCCACCAUUGUCACCGGGCUACCAAAGAAGGGCUCGAGUGUAGGUGAGAAGGUCAUAGUAGGUGCAGGCGACGGUGUUCUCACACUGUGGGAGCGCGGAGUAUGGGACGACCAAGACGAGCGCAUCAUCGUCGACCGCUCCAAGGGAGGCGGCGAGAGUCUGGAUUCCAUCACUGUCGUACCAGACGGUGUUGGACCUGGCGGCAAGCACAUUGCAGUAGGCUUGGGCAACGGAGACAUUCGUUUUGCUAAGCUCGGCCCGAAUAAGAUUGUCUCGGAGCUCAAGCAUGAUGAGCUGGCCAAGGAGAGCGUCAUUGGUCUCGGUUUCGACGUCACUGGUCGCAUGAUAAGCAGCGGUGGAAAGACCGUCAAGGUGUGGGGAGAGAAAACCUGGCAGGACGUUGAUGAAGACGAGGAGGAAUCUGACAAUGGCAAGCGAGACCACGAGAGCGAGGAUGAUGGUGAUAGCGACGAGGAUAUGGAUGAUAGCAGCGAAGAGGACGAGCCAAAGCAGAAGCGCAAGAAGAGAAAGAAGAACAAGGGCGGGCAGGCCCCGGGUCACGGCAUCACUCAGUUUCUUGGACUUGCGGACUGA